AAUUAUUUGUUUUGUUGCAACCCAUUUGGUUCUUAAUACCCGGAAAGACGAUACCUGAAAAACCCCAAUAGAAUCAGACCUUACCUGGCGAAUCCAUAGAAUUUCUAAUCUCUCAAAGCUCACAAGUCAAUCAAGGGUCUUAAGGUACUGCAGGAAUGGAUCAAGUUAAUCAAUAUAAUCCUGGUAGCGCCUUUAAUCACAACAAGCAGGCGCCUACUUCUCGGAACAAUGAUGGAUUUAAACAAUUGGGAGUUGAAGGGAAGAAGGCUGCGGUUAAUGAAGAAAUGAGGAGGCUUAACCAAUUACCCUCAAAUAGCAGUUACGUUGUUCAUCGUUCACGCGUUCUUAGCAAAAUUAUGCAGCUUCUGUCCGUUCAGAGAACAACAUCUCAAGACGAGGAACUGGAGCUGCUUUUUGCUGGGCUUUCCCUGUGAAUAGCAAUGCGUGUUUAAGUUAAGUCUGCAUCUCAAGACGAGGAACUGGAGCUACAUUUUGCUAGGCUUUCACUUUGAGCCGCAAUCUAAACUGUCCAAGUUACGUCUGUCAUUGCCAAGUUCUCCUGUGGGGCAAAUAUGUAACUGUUCUUACUUCUUAGAAGCAAGUGUUGUAAAGGCUGGGUUCACCUUCCAUAUUGUAUAUGUUCACUUGAAUGUGUUAAUAUGAAGUUUUUGUAUUGUGUUGUUUGGGGAAAUGUGGAUUGAAGUUUCUUGUGA